AUGAAGUACUCUACCAUUCUCCUCGCCACGGCCGCCACCGUCUCCGCCCACUCGACAUGGCAGCAACUGUGGGUUGGCAGUACAGACAAGGCCAGCACCUGUGUGCGCACCGUCAAGGACAACAGCCCCAUUGACAGCCUCUCUUCCUCGGACAUGUUCUGUGGCCGUGGCCCGGCCUCGUCCUCGGGAGUCUGUGAAGUCGCCGCCGGCGGCUCCCUCACCGUCGAAAUGCACGCGCAGCCCGGCGCGCGCUCGUGCUCGCAGCCCGCCAUCGGCGGCAACCACUACGGCCCCGUGCUCAUCUACAUGGCCAAAGUCAGCGACGCCAAAACCGCAACGUCCGGCUCCUUCUUCAAGGUGGCCGAGGACGGGUACACGGGCACCACGGCGUCAUGGGGCACCGAGAUCCUCAACGCAAACUGCGGCAAACGCUCCUUCACGGUGCCGCGCUCGCUGGCCGCCGGCGACUAUCUCGUGCGCGCCGAGGCCAUCGCCCUGCAUGCUGGUGCCGGAAGCCCGCAGCCCUACGUCAGUUGCUUCCAGGUCAAGGUUACCGGUGGAGGCAGCGCCACGCCUUCGGGUGUCAGUUUCCCCGGCGCAUACAAGAUUAGCGAUGCGCUCUUCUCCAAGUCGAUUUAUGACUCCAGCUUCAAGUAUGUGAGCCCUGGACCCGCUGUGUACUCUGGUUAG